AUGUUAUUUUGUGUAUGCAUUGCAUUGGCCAUUCCAUUAAUGGUUUUUUCCACAUCGAAUCAAGAAAAACAAGAAAACAUGAUCGAAAAAGGUGUCAAUAUGUUUGAAGAAUUAAAUCAUCAUGGUCAACAGCCAAUUCAUUCCCGUAUUUAUGAUGAUGAAUCUAGUGAUAAUAUUCACUUUAUGUUAAAGAAAGCGGCUGAUUUUGAACAAAUUUUAAAACCAUGCAAUCGAAUGCCAGCCAGUGGUCGUGGUCAAGAAUAUGCUGAUUGUGUACGCAGUCGUAUGCUACUUAUGGGUAGACGAAAACGUCGUCAAUCAAACUAA